UGCAAAAAAUAAGGGAGACGCUAGGAUAAUUCCUAAACAGCGACAGGCAUUCAAUUUUUAAAUAACACUAGGUUUCCGAGGAGGCGCCCUCGUAAUGACUUCUGGGAAGUGUAGUCCUCGUGAAGUUACGAGAGGGUUGCCUCGCGCGACCGGAACUACAUCCUCCAGAAGGAAGCGCGGCGUUGCCUAGGAAGCCCACUGCCUAGAGUUCCAACGGCUCUCAGGAAGCGAGGACCGUCUGGCGGAGAGGAACCAGAUUUUUUGUGGGGGAUCUAUGGGAGAAUGUGGAAAAGAAUCACAUGGAAUGAGAAGAAAUGUAUGAAUUCCAGUCUGCACUGCUGAUAUCUUGGAUCCAUUGAAGUAUUUAAAGAAAUUAUUUCAAGAUAAUGUGUGCUGAAUUUAAACACAGCAUGAUAGGAAGCUAUCGUAAGCCUCCAGAUAAAAUAACUAACCUUUCAUUUGCAUAUUGUGAAGCAGCACCUCAAGAUAAUCUGCCUAAGAAGUUACAACACCUUUCUACUCCAAACAGCCAUGCUCUUUUAUUGGCCCUGAAAACUCUUCAGGAUAAGAUUCAUCUACUAGAAUUAGAGAGGACACAAGCUGAAGAUAACCUGAAUACCCUUUCCCAAGAAGCUACAUUGUAUAAAAAAGCUUUGCAGAAUGAAAAUAAUGAGCGAGACCUGGCACACCAAGAACUGAUAAAACAGAGAAAAGAUAUAAGUGCACAGCUCAGUGCUGCCCAGACUCGCUGUUCUAUUCUAGAGAAACAACUGGAACUAACAACGAAAAUGGUUUUGAAUGCAGAACAGGAAAAGAAUUUUGCCUUAGAACAACAACAGCUUCAGUGGGAAAAGGGUCAGGAUCAGAUGAAACUGAAUGCAAAACUUGAAAAACUUGAAGUCUUAGAAAAAGAAUGUGUCAGGCUAACAACUACUCAGAAGACAGCUGAGGAAAAGAUUAAACAUUUAGAGCAAAAACUUAUUGAGGAAGAACAUCAGCGUAAGCUAAUUCAGGACAGCGCUGCUCAGCUUCAAACUGGACUUGAGAUCAAUAGAAUUUUAAUGUCUUCAGUUCUACCUUCACAACAAACCAAGAAAAAGAAAUCUGCAAAGGAAAAAAAAAGUUCAAAGAGAGAACUUCAGACUCAUUCAAAGUUUGGUGCCAUUGGAAAGGCAUGCCCCGAAGUACCUGAACGCAGGGCUAUUAGUAAAAGAACUGUCCGAUGCAGACCCAUAUCCUCCUACCCUAAUAAAUCCACUCCAGUUGGUGAUGGUUUGACUGACCUAGUGAUGGCUAUGCAAGAUGAACUGGACCAAAUGAGUAUUGAACACCAAGAACUUUUGAAGCAAGUACAAGAAAGUCCAAGACUUUCAGUUAAUGAAGAAAUAGAAUGUGAACUGGAAUGUUUAGCUAGAAAAAUGGAAAUGAAAGGGGAGCAAAUAUGCAAACUGAAGAAAUAUCAAGACCAUGUAAAUAAACUACAACAAAAGUCUCAAAACUCGAAGAGUGAAGCAUUCAGCAUUGAGCCAGAAGAUGAAAACCAUAAAGGAAAAAAGAAUGUGCCAGUUAUGGUGGUCACCAGAAAGGGCAGAAAUAAGACUAAGCUUCCACUGGAAAACUGCAGUUGUCAAAUGCCACAAAAGUGUUUCCAAAAGAUUCGAAUGACGUUGAGGAAAGAUGACGUCAAGUGGGAACAGUAGAGCAAUGGUGUAAAAUUCAAUUUCAAUGAACCUUGCUGAUCAUCGGGAAUUUUUAAUCAUCUGAAGUGAUUUUAAUUUAAUGUAACUUUUAAGAACUUCCUAAUUAUGUUUCAUGCCCGUAUUAAAUUGUAGUAUUUUUAAAAAUUAAUCCUGAGUGACUUGUUAGGAGCUCCCAAGAUUAAGUGGUUUCUUUUUCUUAUUCACUGAAAUACCCUGGCAUGAUUUCAUCACAUUUUAGAAAAAUUAUUUAUUUUUGCACAUGUCUAGAAUUAAAUUUUAAAAACAGUAUUGGCAAAAUUUAUUCUUGAGUAGGCCUCACAGAAUUUGAAAUAAUAAAUUUUUAAAUCUCUGGUCUUGAGAGGAAUGAAAUUGAUGCUUCUCCUCGACUUCAUAUUAGGUCUAUGAAUUAAUCUGUUUAGGAGAAGAAGAAACUUUAGAUUAAAAUCUAAUAAUGUCCAAAAAUAACCCCUGAUCACAUCUUUACUUGACAAGUUUGUUCACUGUUUUCACAGCAUAACAUGCUGAAUUCACUUCAUAACAUCCUACCUCCUUAAUUUUGCUUAUAUUAUUCCAUGAUCUUGAAAUGUUCCUCUUUCAUCUCUGACCUACUGUCCAAAUUCUACCCAGUCUUCAAAGCUCAACACAAAGCACAUCUUCAUAAAAUCUUUCCCAGUCAUUUCAGUGGUUUGUGUCUCACUUUUGCCACUUUUAGCACCCAGUACCUUAGGUUAAUCAUUUAGUGUCCUUAAGCCUGUUUCCUCACCUCUAAAAUUAGAGGCUAGAUAACCUAUGAGGUUCCUUCUAGCUCCAGACCUGUGAUCUCUCCCUUCUUAAACUACUUACUCUACCCACUGUCUUCAAAAAUUGACAAUUUCUAAACCCCAAAUUGUCUAGCCUUGAAAAACAGUAUUAUGAUUCAACUGUAGAAGCUUCCCUUCUCUAUCUCUGUUUCUACUUUAUAAAUAUCUUUGCUCUAAUUCCCCUCUGCAACUUUUAUUACUUUAAUGUUUUAUUUAGCACGUAAUAUGGAGCAUCAAUAUAACCAAAUAAACUUGAUUGUAAUUUAUUUCAAUAUAAGAGGUAUCCAUUUUUAAGUCAUUCCGUCUAAGUCUUCAUUGGAAUUGUUUUUUGGUCUACUCCCACGUGGUUUUCCUCCUAUAUGGGAAUACUUAGCAAGUACCCAAUUCUUUUGCUUCUGAUAUUCUUUUGUUUUGCAUUUUAUAAAGCAGAGGCAUCAUUGUGUAGUGGAUAGAGAGCCAGAAAGAUCUGGUUUGAGGUCUCACCUCCUGAUACAUUCUGACUGUGUCAUUCUGGAUAAAUCUGGAUAAAUCAUUUAACCUCUCAGUGUGCUAGAUACACCUCUAACCAAUAAAAUCAUAAGUCUAA